GCAUUCUUAAGCGAUUGAGACUUUGCGCGCGAGUUUACACGAAUGUUGCGUAACAUCUUUCAAUGUUCAUCAGCUGUUUUUCGUUUACAUUCGUUUGUAGUAUGUGACUGAAUGGAUUGAUUUAAAUUGCUGUGUUGGUGAAUCGCUUGGUAAAGAGAGAGAGAUUUAAAAAUCGCUACACUUGCAUACCGACUUAUAAUAGUGCCGUGGCGACCGAUAGAAAAUAUAAAUAAGUAUACAUAAACAACAAACUGUGUCGGCGAAUUUUCUCGUUUACCACAGAGUACUUCAACCUGUGCCAAGUUAGUACGGGAUUUCAUUAACUAAAAUGAAUAUGGAUUAAUAAUUACGCACUUUGGAUUUAAAGAUUUUGGGAGGAAUUUCAUAACAUGGCACAUGGUGCAGUGUUUUGAUUUUAAUGAAGUAGAACUUGCUCGUCGGUCUUCAAGUUAAAAAGAAUGGAUCUACAAAUGAAAUUAUGUGAUAGUGUGACGGGCUCUCUAAGCCGGACCCCCAGUCUGAAGCUGAAAGUAUUUCGGAAGCUUUCAGAUGAGAGGAAUUCAGAAGAGAAAAGGAAGAUUCGCCGGCACACGCCCGUGGGGUCGGGUGAAUACAGCGUGGGGUGCUGGGACAUGAUGUGUGGGGGACCCAGUGAUAAAGGAACAUUUUUCAGACUAUUUUAUCCCGUGGAGAAGACUGAUAUUUAUAAAAGAGACAAACAAUGGCCACUCUGGUUACCAAGGAAACAGUAUGGCGAAGGAUACGCAGACAUUAUUACAAAAAAUCCCAGAAUUAAAGUUAUCGGCAAAUUGUUCAACUGGAUGGGAGGGGAUGUAUACGUUCCCGCCCUUUGGCAGGGCCCCCUUUGUCCCUCCAACACACAGUUCCCGGUGGUCAUAUUUUCGCACGGCUUGGGCGGUAACCGGACAACGAACACGACAAUGUGUUGUGAGCUGGCCUCCCAAGGAUUUAUUGUCGCAUCCGUAGAACACAGAGAUGGUUCAGCUUCCAUGACAUAUCACUUAUCAGAAGAAAUUAACAGACACCACGUAACAACAUCCGGGGAAUCGAACUCCCGACCCCACAGUCGGCACACAAUCCACCGAACGCAUCUGUACUCCGAGGAGUGGAAACCAUUCGAGUGGUUCGAACCCUGGGACGACUUUACGUAUAGAAACAAACAGGUUCACCAUCGUGCAGAUGAGGUAAUCCAGGCAUUAGACAAUUUAGUCUUACUACAUAAUGGCAAAGAACUGCAUAAUUCCAUGAGAACUCACUUCAAUACCAAGCAAUUUAUGGUGAGUACCAAUUUCGGAACAGCGAGAGUAAAAUGGGAUUUUUUUUUACAUUGGCUAACAAUAAUUACAGUAAUAAAAAAUAAACGUUUCAGGGUGGGCGUGGUUUUAGAUGGUUGGAUGCAUCCAUUGGACGAGGAGAUCUAUGGAAACAUCAAUCAACCCGUCCUAAUGCUAAACAUGGAAUCCUUCCAGUGGAAAACUAUUGUUGAAUCAAUUUUAUUUGAAUAACAAAUGAUGAAAUUGAUGACGGAAGACACAGAAAGACGCAACAUGAUCACAAUCAAGGGUACUUGUCACCAAAGCGUAACAGACUUCCAGUUUCUGGUCAAUAAAGCGGUGGGGCGUGUGUUAGAUGUCCGGUAUACUCUGUCUCCAAAGACUGCCAUGUCAUUAGCCAACAAAGCCUCCCUAGGGUUCCUCCAUAAACACUUAAGUCUACAGGGUAAGGAAACACAUGACGAUAUUUUGUCCGGUGACCAUGAUCUCAUCAUACAAGGCACCAACGUCAAUUUGUCAUAAGUCAAAGGUCACGCCAUGGAUCCAGCCAUGUUAGCAAUAUGACAUAGGUCAAAGGUCACAUCGAGGAUCCAAUCGUCUUCCACAUCACUUUGUCUUUCUAAUAUUGCAUUUGCCAAAAUUGUAGAAAACUGUGUUCAAGCUGAAUCUGUGAUAUAAUUUAUUAUAUGCUUUACUGUAUUUAGAAUUUUAUACGAGUAAGAUGAACCACGAACUGUUUGUACAAAACCUUUCAUACUUCCCACUCUCUCACCAGAGGCAGCGCUCCGCUUACGGAACGGAACGUAAAACGCCCUCUUGUGAGAGACUGCAUACUUCCCUGUCAAUACCAAUCGCAUCAUCACGGGCCUUUCCGUGAGGUCGGAAAUCCGCUCGUGGGAAAGGCCCGAGAAGUCGCGAAUGUGUCUUUACCUCUACAAAACAUGGUGCUCUCCUAUGUUCUUUGAAUUUAUGUCAUUUUCGUGAAUGUGUCGUUACUUCUUUACAUUAAAUGUGUGUAGUGUUACCAUUUGUUUUUAUAUCCCAUUGUUAAUUAACUAAUUUUGUUAUUUAUAAUUUUUGCAAUUGAAGUCAGUUUAUGAAUAAAAUGCU